AUGGGGAUAUGGCAGAGUAUACCUGUUCCCCCAGAGGUGGUGCAGGCGGCGGCAAACAAUACGAGUAAUUGGGGCCUACCGCCUGAAGAAAUCCCAGAAGAUGAGAAAGACGUUGAGGAACUUGUGCUGCAGACAUGGGCCUUUUGUAAAGCAAGGCCCUCUCCCGCUCAGAGCUAUCGUAGUGAUGUGGAGGAGCGUCAGCGGCGUCGUUUUGUUUCUUGGAGAAAACGUGCCAGUUUCAUUGAGUUGGACUGCGGGGAAGACAGCUUUUUUGUUUCCAACACAUACAAAGUCAUUGGUGUGGCGGAUGGUGUUGGUGGCUGGCGUGACGAGGGGGUGGACCCAGCGCUUUUCUCGAACUCUCUGAUGGAAAACGCCAAACUUUUUGCCGAGACCCACCGCAAGGAGUUGAAUCCCGAGAUCAUUCUCCAGUCCGCCUUUGACAAGGUGCUGAAUGACAAGAAGGUGAAAGCAGGCAGCGCCACGGCGUGCGUGGCGGCAUUGCGCAAGGAGGACACUGGGAAGCAUGUUAUUGAUGUCGCCAACGUUGGGGACAGUGGCCUCCUCGUCGUUCGUAACCGCAAAGUCCUCCAUCGCGUGCACGAAAAGGUCCAUGGCUUUAAUGCUCCUUUUCAACUGGCGGUCGUGCCAAAACACCUUCGGGGUCGUGCCUUCUCGGAUAAAGUAAGUGACGCCACACGUGAGAAGGUGGAGGUGCAGAAGGGUGACGUUGUCAUUGCCGCCACGGAUGGUUUUUUUGACAAUUUGUUUAACGCCGCAAUUGCCUCUGAUGCCGGUUGGGUCGGGAAGGUGGAAGGGAGUGUCUUUGAGCGGGUGCCACUUGUUGGUUUCUUCCUUAGCGCUAUCAUCGCAGACGAGAAAGUUGCGUAUAUCGAUCCGCAGCGUGUGGCGCAGCGACUUGUGCAGAAUGCCUACAAGAUAUCGGUGGACGAAGAGGCCCACACACCGUGGGCAUCGAUGUUGCGCACGUUUGGUGCGGCGGACGCAAAGGGUGGAAAGAAGGACGAUAUCACAGUCGUCCUGAGUCGCGUCACAACACGCGAUGAACUCAACACCAGCAACAUUUGGUGA